GGACAGAUGUUCCGUGAUCCAGCGCAGAAGGAGGAGGAGCUUCUGGUAGUUAACACAAUCUUCCUUGUGUUACACGAAAUAAUGGCGGGAAUAUGUUUUACAGCUGCCCUUCCGAUUGGUUUAAAAUGGUCUCACUGUGUUCACCAUCAAUCCGAUCCUGGAACCGCGUUCACUUACUCUACAUCUCAACAUGUCUGGCCGUGGCAAAGGAGGCAAAGUCAAGGGAAAGUCAAAGACCCGUUCCAGCAGGGCCGGACUUCAAUUCCCCGUCGGUCGUAUCCACCGAAUGCUCCGCAAAGGAUCGUAUGCUGAGCGCGUCGGUGCCGGUGCCCCCGUCUACUUGGCUGCCGUCAUGGAGUACUUGGCCGCUGAGGUCCUCGAGUUAGCCGGUAACGCCGCCCGUGACAACAAGAAGACCCGCAUCAUCCCUCGUCACUUGCAAUUGGCCAUCCGCAACGACGAAGAGUUGAACAAACUUCUCUCCGGUGUCACCAUCGCUCAGGGUGGUGUCUUGCCCAACAUCCAGGCCGUUCUCUUGCCCAAGAAGACCGACAAACCCGCCAAGGCUUAAACUUCUCCCGUCCUUAAAUAAACGGCCCUUUUCAG